UGUGUUAGGGCUCUAUUUAUUAACUCUUCUUCAUCUGGGUUUUCACACAGUGCGUUUUUAGAAUGCCUAGGUAUUACUGUGACUACUGUGAUACUUACUUGACCCAUGAUUCUCCUUCUGUUAGAAAGCAGCAUAAUGCAGGCUACAAACACAAGGGAAACGUUCGAACUUAUUAUCAACAAUUUGAGGCACAACUGAAUCAAAGUCUAAUUGACCAAAAAGUCAAGGAACAUCUAGGAGCCUUUAGACCAGUUGGCCUUCCUUUUCCCCAGCUGAGGCCUGGUCUUCCUGGUCUUCCACCUCCUCAGAUGCAGAUGCCAGGCAACCCUCAAAUGCCACCCGGUUCCCAGUGGGUCCCGGGUAUGCGGCCUCCGAUGCUACCAAGGCCCAUGCCUGGUGCUCCAGGUUAUGCACCUCAACAGAUGCCUCAGAUGUUGGCACCUCCCGGUGCUCCUAUGCCUGGUCAAGUCAAUAAUAUGCAAAGGCCUGUCGGUGGACCUCCAAGUGGAAUUCCAGGAAGUAUGGGAAUGCCUGCUUCUACCGGUGGCCCUCCAAUGUUUGCACCACCUCCCAUGUAUCAAGGAAAUACCACCGUGCCAGCUAGCGGAGGAGGUGAUAGUUCUAGUAUCAAUGCCCAACCUGCAGACUCUGAUCAAUAGGCUGAUCUAUGUACAUAAACAUCCAGAUGCUACUCUCCUCAAGCUAUUCUUAAUCUGGGUUUCAACAUGUUCCAUUAUCUAUGUUGUGAUGUUAAAUGCUAGAUAAGGAUAUGGUUAGAUGUAAGUUUUUUGGAAGAGAGACAAUUCAUUUACUCAGGAAAGGUUUUGGCUAGCAAGAUUGAUUGUAACUUUAAAAUGCCUACAUGGUUUUUGUUAGUUCAGUGAAACUAAUUUUUAAUGUCAUGAACUUGACGAUUUUUCUGUUUUCUUUACAAGGAACAAGCAUUGAAGGUA